AUGACGCGAUCCGAGUUGCAAGACGACUGUAUUUUCUCCGACCGAGGCGGCAUAAUCGAAAACACCCACCGCAUCCAUGCUGCAGUCACUGAUGCCAGCGGCAACCUCCUGUACGCCGUGGGCAACCCGUCACGCAUGACACUCGCGCGCUCAGCCGCGAAGCCAGUUCAAAUACUUGCUCUCCUCGAGGUGGAAGGCUUCGAUAAGUUUGGAUUCGACGAUGCGGAUCUCGCGCUUAUGUGCUCAUCACACAGCAGCGAGGAACGCCAUGUUCAGCGAGGGCGUUCGAUGCUUGCCAAGAUCCAGGCCGAAGAGCAACAGAUGCGUUGCGGUGGCCACGCGGCUAUGUCUGAGGUUGUCAACAAGGAAUGGAUUAGGCAAGGUUUUGUUCCCGGCCCUCUUUGCAACAAUUGCUCUGCAAAACAUAUUGCCAUGCUUGCGGGCGCCAAAGCACUUGGCAAUGAUGAAGAGUACCACUUGCCCCAGCACGAAGUCCAGAAACGUGUCAGACGCACCUUCGAUGAGCUGAGCGGUCUGAGUGCGGGCGAGAUCAAAUGGGGAACUGACGGUUGCAAUCUUCCCGCACCGGCUCUACCUCUCAGCAAUAUCAGUCAUGUCUAUGCGGUCCUCGCGGACGCGGCUGACCUAGUUGCUCGCGAUAGCUCCUCGGUCAGCCAGAGAACUAGACACUUGGCAAAGAUGUAUGAAGUUAUGUGGUGCUUCCCAGAGAUGGUUGGAGGAGAGGGACGCUUCUGUACAGAGCUGAUGCUCAAGUACGACGGCGCGGUCGUUGGCAAGUUAGGGGCGGAUGGCUGUUACGGUGUUGCCGUAAGAGAAUCGGACGAUACUCGGCGGCUGGGAGCAACCUCUAGCAUCGGAAUUGCCGUGAAGGUUGAGGAUGGCAGCGAAGAGAUUCUUUAUGUUGCUGUGACAGAAAUACUGAAGCAGCUUGGUAUUGGUUCAGAAGAGAAGAGACAGGCACUUGCGAGCUUCCAAGACCUUCAGCGAGCGUUGUAA